ACUUGAUUUAUUAAGUUUUAUAUCGUCGUAUGGUUCAAAAUAGCCGGAAGCGGUAUUUUAUUCUUGUCUACACUUUAAAUAAACUUAUAAAUCACAAAUACUUCUAUUUGAUUAACUUCAUUUACAGGAAUUUAAAUUGGUUAAUUGUUUUGUGAAUGGCUAUGACUUCAGGAAAAGACACAAUGGGGGAACAACCAAUAUUUACUUGCAAAGCACAUGUCUUCCACAUAGAUCCAAAAACGAAAAAGUCAUGGAUAUCUGCAUCUACGGUUGCUGUCAAUGUAUCUUUUUUCUUUGAUUCCCAUCGAGCGUUAUAUCGAAUCAUUAGUGUAGAAGGAAGCAAAGCUGUUAUCAACAGUACUAUUACUCCAAAUAUGUCUUUUACAAAAACAUCUCAGAAAUUUGGACAGUGGACAGAUACCCGUGCAAACACUGUAUAUGGUCUUGGGUUUUCAUCUGAACAAGAACUAAAUAAAUUCAUCCAUAAGUUUGAAGAAGUUAAAGAAAAAACUCGUCAAACUGCUAUCAAUGGACCUCAACAGCUUCAACAAAAUUAUAUGAGUACUUCAACCACUCCAGUAACAAGUGCCAAUGCUAGUCCUGUAACUACUCGUAUUAGUCAAUCUUCUGAUGGCCAAAGUAUUAUUGAACCACCUAAUAUGACUCCUACUGAACCAAAUACAACUCCAGAAGAUUCAAGUACUACUGAACAAAUGAUAAACCAAAUGUCUAAAAACAUGAUUAUUUCAAAUGCAAAUCAUGCUGCUGAAAGCCCUAAACAUCAGAUAUCAAAUGAAGGCCGAUUAAGUAGUGGAAAUUCUAUGUCUGAAUCUCAAUUAAAAUAUGAAAAUGAAAGAUUAAAACUAGCACUAACUCAUAGCUCAGCAAAUGCAAAAAAAUGGGAAAUUGAAUUGCAGACAUUAAAAAAUAAUAAUUUGAGAUUGACAAAUGCAUUACAAGAAAGCACAGCUAAUGUAGAUGAAUGGAAACGACAAUUACAAUCAUACAAAGAAGAAAAUCAGCGUUUGAAAAAUAGAUUUCUUGAUGCUGAAGUAGCAAAAGGGGGUUCAGAAGUGUCUUCAGAAUUGAGAAAUGAGUUGACAAAUUUACGUCUUAAAGUUGAUAGCUUGGAAGGAGAAUUAAAAUCAAAAAAUGAUGAAAUCCAAAAAUUAUCAUUAAAUAAAAUGCCACUUGAAGAGAGAUGCAAGGUUCUUAGUCAAGAAAAUGCUGAACUUCAAGCUGCUGUCAGUUUGGCUCAAGCACAGUUAGAAACUGCAUUAGCAGCUCAAGAAUCCCAAAGACGUGUUAUUGAUACUCUUAAUAAUAGUCUAUUUGUUCGUAUUCAAGAAUUAGCUACAAUUCAUAGAGAAAUGACUACUGCUAUUCAAACAUAAGAACUACUCAUUGGUUAAUAGUGAAAUUGAAAUAUUCCACGAUGUAUAUUUUGAGGAAAUAUACAUAAAAUAAUAAAGUAUAUUUUGAAACAUAAAUAAAAUCUUUAUAUGUGAUUUUUUAUUUUGUGUGUUUGUUUAGAUAGUGUUUUGAAAUAUUAAUGAUAAAAUAAGUCUUAUUGUGACCAUAUAUGAUUGAUUGUUCUCUUAUAUUUUUCAAUAUUUAUAAUUUACUUAAUUAUCUACUACUUAAUAUACUUAAAUUGUAGUCAGUAUUCAGUAUAGGUAUUUUAAAUAUAAAAUUAUUAUACUGUGUAUAUAGUAUUAGAUACUCAAAACAAAUUUUUUAUCUUAUUUAUUAUCAAUUUAAGUCAGAAAUAAUAAUUUCAUUUGUAAUAUAAUAUUUAAUCUUAUUUAACAUUUUCUCUUAAAGCUAAUUGAUUGUGCCCGAGAGGAUGUAAAUACCUAUAAAUACAGAGCAAUGGAAUAAAACAUUGUACCUAAACAACAAAGUACGAUGCAUUACUAACUGAGCUAGAUAGGUCGCUUAAAUCAAAUAAAUACUUAAUUGAACUAGGAACAGGUUUUUCUAAUUUAAUGUUUUAUGUAAUCUAAUUUUUUAUUCUCUACAUUGCUUUAAUUAUUAAUAGUAGUUUUCUC